UUAGCCAUUGUUAGCCAUCCAUAUAUUCCAUAUUCCAUAUUUUCAGUGCGCCGCUCUUCUUCGCGAGGUGCAGGCGCAUGUAAAUGGUAUUAACGUUGUGGUGUAGUUAAAAGAAGACCAGUUUUCGUUAAAUUUUAAUUCAUACUAUUAACUUACCAGCAAAAUGUGGAAAUUUGUCACCCGUGGAAUCCGUGAGACUCUAGAAUUUCGUGCAUGUCGUACAAAUGUUUAUUCACAAACGUCUCAAGAUAACAACGCAAAAAAUGAGGUUAAGACUAGUUUGACGUGCAAUCAGAAGUUCCUUGCACCGACAUUUUCGGCUUUUAAUAAAGAAACCUUCGGAUCUACGAAAACUGGCGGUACCAAGGAUAAGAAUCAGGAUUCCAAAUGGAAUACGAAAUAUACUUGGUCAGAUGCCGUGGGAUGGUCCAGUGUGUUAGCUGUUGGAUGGGCAGUAUGCCAAACAUUGUGUCUUCGCAGAAGAAUUUUCGAAAAAGAAAAAAAUGAUACCAUAAAGAGCAACGUAUCUCAAUGUUCAGGACCACAUGUUUCUUAUUUGCUUGGUCAUGUAUUAAAUUUAAGGCCAAUGCAACUUCUGCCUGUUACUAAUUGUGUUGGAAACAACAAUAAAAUCUAUGUGCAAGAAGAAGCACAGACUGAAUGGAAAACAAGCAAACCAUUUGGACCUAUCACCAUUGAAGAGGCCCUCAAAGAGGCUACUGAAGAAUUUGCUAAUAUCCACAAAUUAACCAUGGGUGAAUAUGAACUUCGUCAUGGCCUCAAAGCUUUAGAAGAAAAACGUUACCAAGAUGCAAUAAAACACUUUACUGCUGGUGCAAAGUUAUCAUCCGUUGCUAGUAUGUUUAAUUUGGGUUUGUGUUAUGAGUUAGGCCUUGGAACAUUAGUUGAUCAAAAAAAGGCUGCAAAAUAUUACAAUGAUGCAGCGGAACAAGGCCAUGCAGAUGCCACAUAUAAUUUAGGAGUUUUCUAUGCUCAAGGCAGAGGUGGCUUUUUAGUAGAUGUGAAUAGAGCUCGUAAUUAUUUCGUUAAAGCGGCAAAGUUGGGACAAAGUCAAGCACAACAUGCGCUAGAUUUAGAAAAGCGUCAUUAUCAGUCAGAGGAGCAAGAAAAUUCUACAGUAUACUCAGAUAAACGUGAAAGUACUUUACAGUACUUACAAAAUACUAUGAAUAUAAAUCAUAUUCUUAAAAAAUUAACUAACUAUAGCCAUGUGUUGAAUACACAGUUACAUGUAGAGUCUUUUGAAAAUUCUGAUUGUAAGCAUAGUGGAACAGAAACUAAGAAUCCAACAGAGAUAUUUUUAGAUAUACUUGGUAUAAAUGAACCCAAUAUAUUACCCGUAUCAAUGGGGUCAAAUAACUGUAGCGUGCCAUGUUAA